AUGGAUAGUCUAUCUACCGGCUCUUUAAGUGGGGUGCAAAAAGAGGAAUUGAUGGAUCAAGUAAAACAGCAGAUAGCAAUAGCAAAUGCCCAAGAACUUCUCACUAAAAUGUCAGAGAAAUGUUUCAAAAAGUGCAUCAAUAAACCAGGAACCUCUUUAGAUAACUCUGAACAAAAAUGUAUCGCAAUGUGCAUGGACAGAUAUAUGGAUGCCUGGAACCUCGUAUCACGAACGUAUAGCAGUCGUAUUCAGCGUGAAAGGAACAACAUGUGA